AUGGCGCCCCAAUCUUCGCCAUCGUCCUCCGCACCAUCUCCGUCCUUGAAACGCAAGCAACCGACCAUCUCAAGCUUUUUCACACAAAAACCCUCCUCAACACCAAAAUUGUCCACCGCUCCUAAGGAACACGAGACCUUAAAGCCAUCUGAGAAGAGACCUGCCUUCCCCGAGCCGGAGCCGGAGCCAGCGGCGAAGCAAUCAUACCCCAUACCCGAAGAUGACGAUGAUGACAUCGUUGCACCACCGACCAAACGAGCUCGAAAAAACGGCCCUCCCCUCGAAGAACAACGUCGAUCCUCUACAGAAGGCCCGAAAAAUUCACCAUCUCAAUUGAACAGCAGCCAACGAACCGACAUCUUUAAAUUCCAAAGCUCACAGGCCGCACCACCCACCCAAGACGAGAACGCGGAAGAUGCACAGCGAAGGAAGGAAAAGGAAAAAAUACACGAGAAGUUCGUGCGGAGACUCGGUGGCGCAGACUGUGUCAUCGGUAUUGGAAGAAACGUUACUAGUGACGCCGGUGCCGGUGCCGUUGAGGCAGAAGAAGGCGAGGACGAAGAUGAAGAGCCUUCCCCUCCGCCUAAAAAGGGCAAGGCUGCUGCUAAGAAGGGUGGUAGCAAGCUUACCCCGAUGGAGCGACAGGUCAUUGAUAUCAAGCGCAAGCAUAUGGAUACUGUGCUUGUGAUCGAGGUUGGGUACAAGUUUCGAUUCUUCGGAGAAGAUGCCCGGAUUGCGGCGAAGGAGUUGGGCAUUGUUUGUAUUCCGGGAAAGUUCAGAUUUGAUGAACACCCUUCCGAGGCUCAUAUCGGCCGCUUCGCUUCUGCUAGCAUUCCUGUUCACCGACUACAUGUCCAUGUGAAGCGCCUUGUUACUGCAGGUCAUAAGGUUGGAGUUGUGCGCCAGAUCGAAACGGCUGCUCUCAAGGCUGCGGGUGAUAACCGCAAUGCGCCAUUCGUCCGGAAAUUGACCAACCUUUACACGAAAGGAACUUACAUUGAUGAUAUCGAGGGGCUCGAGGGCUCUGUACCUGCUGCAGGGAGCUCUUCACCGGCGACGGGCUACAUGUUAUGUAUCACGGAAGCUAGCAUCAAAGGCUCAGGAAACGAUGAGAGGGUGCAUAUUGGUAUUGUUGCUGUUCAGCCGGCCACUGGAGAUGUUAUCUAUGAUGACUUUGAAGAUGGGUUCAUGCGGAGUGAGAUUGAGACAAGACUACUGCAUAUUGCGCCUUGCGAGAUCUUAAUCGUCGGAGAUAUGUCUCGGGCUAGCGAGAAGCUGGUACAGCACCUGUCUGGAAGCAAAACGAAUGUCUUCGGAGAUGCGGUGCGUGUUGAACGGGUCCCGAAAAAGAAGACGGCCGCUGCGGAAGCACACAGUCAUGUUACAAGUUUCUAUGCUGGCAAGAUGAAAGCGACUGGCACGGAAGAGGAUGCCCAGGCAGCCAAGCUGCUCCAAAACGUACUUGGACUGUCAGAACACGCUACGAUCUGUCUAUCAGCUAUGAUUGAGCAUAUGUCGGAUUAUGGGCUGGAGCAUGUCUUUGAUCUGACAAAGUACUUCGAGCCAUUCUCAGCUCGGUCACAUAUGCUUCUCAAUGGCAAUACGCUGGUCAGUUUAGAGAUCUACCAAAACCAGACAGAUCACUCGGUGAAGGGCAGUCUGUUUUGGAUGAUGGACCGUACACAAACGCGGUUUGGCCGGCGGUUGUUGCGACGCUGGGUUGGGCGGCCAUUGCUAGACAAAGGCCGCUUAGAGGAGCGUACCAAUUCGGUUGAAGAACUGAUGAAUCCUGCUCGCACCGUUUCUGUGGAACGGAUUAGAGGACUACUAGGUAAGAUCAAGAGUGAUUUGGAACGAAGUUUGAUUCGUAUAUAUUAUGGAAAGUGCUCUCGACCGGAGCUUCUCACCGUUCUGCAAACCAUGCAAAUGAUCGCAAUGGAAUUUGCGGAUGUCAAAUCUGUCGCUGAUACGGGCUUCGAAUCACCUUUGAUCAGUGACGCUAUUGCGUCUCUUCCAACUAUCCGAGCAGAUGUCACCCGGUACUUAGACAAGAUCAACCUCCAUGCUGCACGAACCGAUGACAAGUAUUCAUUCUUCCGUGAAGAAGAGGAGACUGAAGACAUCGGCGACCAGAAGAUGGGAAUUGGCAGUGUCGAGCACGACCUACAGGAACAUCUCGCUGUGGCUGGGGAGCGCCUGGGGAGGAAGCAUGUGCAAUAUGCUACAGUCUCUGGCAUCGAGUAUCUGAUUGAGGUUGAAAACAACUCUCUGGGAAUCAAGAAAGUCCCAGCGUCCUGGAUCAAGGUCAGCGGAACAAAGAAAGUCUCGCGAUUCCACACACCCGAAGUGAUCCAAUUGAUACGCCAAAGGGACCAGUACAAGGAGGCACUCGCAGCCGCCUGCGAUCAAGCCUUCGCGGCCUUGCUAGCCGAGAUAUCAGCCCAGUACCAAUCAUUCCGGGACUGUGUACAGUCUCUAGCAACCCUGGACUGCCUCCUCUCCCUCGCAACCAUCGCUCAACAGCCCGGUUACGUCAAACCGGAGUACACAAACCAUCCAUGCCUCCACGUCGAGCAAGGUCGGCACCCAAUGGUUGAGCGACUUUUAUCAGACCCAUACGUCCCCAACGACACUUCGCUCGACACAGACGCCACCCGCGCACUCCUCGUGACAGGUCCGAAUAUGGGUGGAAAAUCUAGCUACGUCCGCCAAGUCGCCCUCAUCGCAAUCAUGGGCCAAAUAGGCUCAUACGUCCCGGCCGCCUCCGCUCGCCUUGGUCUUCUAGACGCAGUCUUUACUCGUAUGGGUGCCUUCGACAACAUGCUCGCCGGUGAAUCAACCUUCAUGGUUGAGCUCUCCGAAACAGCAGAUAUCCUCAAACAAGCAACACCCCGCUCAUUAGUCCUCCUGGACGAACUUGGCCGCGGUACAUCCACCCACGACGGUGUCGCCAUCGCGCAAGCCGUCCUGGACUACAUGGUUCGCUCGAUUCGAUCACUCACAUUGUUCAUUACACACUACCAGCACCUUUCACGAAUGGCCAGCGCAUUCCCAAACCAGGAGCUGCGGAACGUGCAUAUGGGAUUCACCGAAUCCGGUGAAGAAGGGGACGAAGAUAUCACGUUCUUGUAUGAGGUUACCGAAGGCGUCGCGCACCGCAGUUACGGAUUGAAUGUGGCGCGGUUGGCGAAUCUGCCUCCUUCUGUGAUUGAUGUGGCGAGACAGAAGAGUUCAGAGCUCGAGGAGUCGAUUAAAUGGAAGAGAUUGGCGGCGCUUGGGAGGGCUGUUGGGAGGGUUGUUGAAGAGAAGGAGACAAUUGUGGACAAUGAUAUGCUUGAUAGACUCCUUGCGAGUGUUGAGCAGCUUUAG